AUGCGUAAUGCUUUCGUGACGGUGAUUUUAUCAUUACUCUUUUUCUUGUACGGCUUCAUCCCGUGGGAUUCCGUUGAUAAACAAACAAAUGAGCAGCUCAAUGAAUCGGCAAAUGAAACAAAAUGUACUGAGCAAUUGCCUGUCAACAAGUUGAUUCUUGUCGUGAUUGAUGCGUGGCGACUCGACUUUCUCACGAAAAGAAAUACAAUGUCUUGGAUGCGAAACGAAAUCGAGAGUCGAAAAGCUGAUGCUUUCGAUGUUCGCGUUCAUACACCGACUGUCACAAUGCCAAGGAUUAAGGCUUUAACUUCGGGAACAAUUCCCUCAUUUGCGUCGGUGCUUUUGAAUUUCGGUGGAUCGAGGGAAGAAAAAGAUGACACGUGGCUGAGAGCAGCGAAUGAAGCGAAGAAGAAAAUCGUUUUUUACGGAGACGACACCUGGCUUUCUCUGUUUUCCGAAGAAUUUCACCGUGCCAAGGGAGUCGUCUCGUUUUUUGUCAAAGAUUAUACAGAAGUGGAUGAAAAUGUGACGCAAAAGAUUGCUCACGAAUUCUCUGAUGAAUUCUUCCCCACUUGGGACAUUUUGAUCUUGCACUAUUUGGGAUUAGAUCAUAUUGGUCACUCAUUGGGUGGAAACGCAAAAGAAAUCGAUGAAAAAUUGCGUGAAAUGGAUUCGAUUGUGAAAGGAAUUGGAGAGAAAUUGGAGGAUUUUGAGCAAAAGGAUAAGUCUUACACGUCAGCAAUUCUCGUUGUCGGUGAUCACGGGAUGACAGAAGCUGGAGGACAUGGUGGAUCGAGUCAUUUGGAAACGCAUGUACCACUCUUUUUACGAUACAGUAAACAGAUGAGAGAUGCUGAAAAAGCUAGCAAUUUGGCUAUUAAUUUUGAAAACCUAUCUUUAAUUGAUCAAGUGGACAUUGCGAAUUUGAUCUCGAACACGUUAGCGAUUCGACCUUCAAAAGCGUCGCUUUCUGCUCCAGUUGAGCAUUUAAUCAAAUCUAGAGAUCUUUCUUUGAUAUUUCCACAAUUUUGGAUAAAAAGUGCUCGAUCAAUGCUACGACUUUUGGAAAAACAGGAUAAACAAAUAGAUGAUCUAAAAAGUUGCCUGGAUUUACUAGAAGCUAAACAAGAGAAAUGCGAAACGGUUAGCUUGCCUAUCACAGCAAAAUGCAUGGCCGUUCUCCGGGAAACGCAAAACGAUUUGAUCGUAAACGAUUCACCAAUCCAACCAAUCACGAUCAUCAUCAGUGCAACAAUGAUAUGCGCUCAAAUCAUUCUCCUAUUUCGAAUGGUGCUCACGAAAACGAGGAACUCAAAAAAUCAACUCCGUUUCCUUUUCCUCACCUCGAUUCUACACUUUUUCUCGAAUUUCGCCUCAAGUCUGGUUGAAGAAGAACACGAUUUGUGGUAUUUCUUCCUCUCAACAGCCCUCUCUCUCGAGUUUUUCUUUUCUCAGUGGCCCGAUUUCUCUGCGUUCUCCACCCGAUCAAUUCAUCUUUUACUUAUCGCAGGAAUACAUCGAUUUUGUAUGUGUAUCAAUGCGGAUAAACGCAGGAGAAACUUGGCUCUCAAAGGUACAUAUCCUGACGCUCAAAUCGUGGACCCAAAAUGGUUGAUGGAGUUCGGCUUUCAAUUCUUUAACCGCUUUAAGAAUUUUGCUGUCUACAUCCUUCCAGCUUUCUCCUUUUAUAUGAUCUGGAAGAGAUCUCAUCGAAAACUCAAAGAUCCGAUGCUCUUCUUUUUCGCCUUUAUCACUACCACACUCAUUCCUAAUGUCGAAGAAGAAAUUUUUAAGUAUUACAUCUAUUUUGUAUGGGCUUUUGCGUUCGUGUCGACACUUUUGAGGAAAGGAUUUCUUCUAUCAACUUUUUUAUGGAUGAUCACACUUUCUGGAGAAAAUGAAAUCUCAAUCAUUUUCCUUUGUUUCUGUAUGGGAUUUCUGUCAAGCGAGCAUCCAAUUCUACUCGUUUAUCUUCUACCAACUUCUUUCUUUUAUUUGGGAAACUCAAACUCGUUGGCCUCUGUGGAUAUUGCUGUCGGUUAUAAGGGUUUAGCUUCAUAUCAACCUUUCAUUGUCGGCUUACAAAUCAUCAUCCAUUCCUAUUCGGGACCGCUCUCUGUGCUUUGUGGAUACGUGUGGAAG